AUGUUUCAGCGUCUCAAGGGCGUCAUAGACAGCCAUAUUGCGGAAGAGCAAGCGCGACAACGGCAGGCUGCUAACAGCGCUCAAACGACGAGGGCUCCGCAGAAACGGCGCCCGCAGGCUCAGAAUGGCAGCCGCCAGCGCGCCAGCUCUAGGCUGAGAGAACAGCAGAAAAACGACUCGACCGACAAAGGCCCCGAUCCCUCAGAGUUUGAACCGGAGUUCGCGAUCGGAGACGAUGAGAGCGCGGUUCCCAGCAGGGCCGCCACUCCAAAGCCUGAGGGAAAUGACAAGGAGAAAGAUACGGCGGCUUCCGAGGAUGGACUGGACACACAAACCCUCGUGGGGUCCGUUGACAGCAAAGUGUCAGAUGCCAAUGGCACCGCCGCUACCUCCUUACGUCCUCAAGACCUCCCUACUGAGGUGCGGGUAAAGCUACGCAGGCUGGAUCGGAUGGAGUCAAAAUACGCAGAAUUGUUGAAGGCUUACAGAACAGCCCAUGGACGGAUACAAGCCGUCGAUUCUUUCGAAGCCUCACUGCGCGAGAACACCCCCUUGACGAGUAUCAACGACCCCGGCGCUUUGGUCGAGUAUCUGAAUCAGAUUAACUUGAAGAGCGACAUGGUCGUGGAUGAGUUGAAACGAGUCACAUCUGACAGGGACGAUUACAAGAAGAAAUUCCAGGCUGCAGAGGAAGAAUCCAAGGGACUGCAAGAGGAAGUCAACACGCUGAAGAACAAGGUCGAGACGCUGUCUCAACAAAAGACAUCUGAGCUUGAGAAGAACUUUUCUAUAGGUAGUCCGCACAUUAUUACAACUGGCGACAACUCGUCCCUGAAGGAGGUGGCGGAUUCAGAAAACACUGCCAAAUCACCUUCGAGUACCACUUCCCGGAUUGCGAGCUUCUCGUUAUUCUCGCCUCGACACAAGGCAAUGUCUCCACCAAAGGAAACCUCGGAAGAAUUCUUCUCGUUCGAAUCCGAACAAUCCAAGAUGGAAGCCGAGUUACAUGAGAGUCAAGCAGAGGUCGAAAGCCUCAAGAAACAAGUCGCCGGUUUACAAGGAGAUCUAAAGGUUGCUCGCGAAUCGACCGAAAGCAUGGUGGAGAGCCUAGAGACUGCCACUCGGGAGCUACACAGUCUUCGUGAUGCGAAGGACAAGUUUGACGAGAUUAAGAAUGAGCUGCAGAAUCGUGUCACCGAGUUAGAGGCAAGGGCUGCCUCGAAUACCACAAGGACAGAUGAGUUACAAAAGGAGAUUGACGAACUGCAGGCAGGAAGGCUUGAGGCCGCCUCGCAGGCGCAAUCCCUAGAGAGCCAAAUCAGAGAGCUUGAAGCGAAAAAUGCCAAACUUGAAGAACAGAUCGUUUCCAGAACCAAGGAUACGGAAUUGCUCAACGAAAAGCUGUCGCAGAAAGACUCUAUCGUCAAGGACCUCGAAGAUACACUUGCAAUGUACAAGUCUGCAGAGAGACAGGAGGCAGCAAAGAGCCAAGAUAACAUAUCAAACGAGAAGAAGCUUGCGACCGUGCAAGGUGUCAUGGAUACUCUGCGCAGUCAACUGGACAAAGCUGAAGCAACAGUGACUGAACUGAAGGCCGAGAUCCAAGCUACCAAGGACGAGUAUUCGCAACGACCUUCCACCAAAGUACUUGGUUUCCUUGAUGCGGAGACGAAAUCUACACUUGACACCUUGCGGACGCGCGAAGAUGUUGUCCAGUACCUGUCGGAGAAUUUCGGUUUGCAAAGGGCUUCCUCUAACAAGGUCCCUACAGAAACAGCCACGGCUUCUCCAGCACCAUCAGAAGCGGGCACAGGUGCAUCCAAGAAGAAGAACAAGAAAAAGAAAAAGGGCAAAGGUCAGCCGCAGACCGCUACAGACGAAGCAGCAGAAAGUGCAACCCCAGUCAAAGUGUCUGAAAAUCUGGCUGAAGUAGAUGAUGUCGAGGCGCGCGUAGAUGUUUCCAAGUUGGAACAGGAGAUCUCGGGGCUCAAGGCAGAGCUAGCGUCCAAAGAAGAUGCCAUUCAGCGGCUUUCCAAACAAUUGAAAGACCAAGAAGGGCUGCAAGAAGAGAUUGAGACAUUGCGAGACGACCUCUUGCAUCAAGGGGAAGAACACGUCGAGGCUCGUGAUGCAUUGAAGGAUGCCCAAGCGCAGAAGAACAGCCUCCAAGAUGCCGUGGACAAACUGGAAAAGGAGCUGUUGGAAGCUCGAGCCGCCAUCGCAAGUGGCGCAGACAAGGAAGAGGCACACAAGCAAAUACUUGAGCAAUACGACGAACUCAAAGUACGAUGCUCCAAGCUGGAGACCGAUCUUUCUGCCUCUGAGCAACUCGCAGCUGGCCGAUUCAAAGACAUCACUGAUCUCAAAGAACUACUCGCCAAAGCACAACCUGAAUUGCGGAGUCUGCGUAAUGAGGUUGCAGAGCUUAAAACCGCAAAGGAUGAUCUGAAAAACAAGACUGGAGAGUUUAACAGGCUCGAAGCCCGACACGAAGAUAUCAAAGCCGAGCUUAAGGGACUUGGCAAGAGACUUGGGGACAAAGACAAUGAGAUCAAAGAACUCCAACAGAAGAUUGAGCAGGAGAUCAAUGCAAGGACCAGGACAGAAAAGGAUCUUGACAGAGCGCAGUCCGAUCUCCAGACGGCGGAGAGCCGACGUGAACAAGCUGUCAGUCAGUCAGACCAACUUACCAAAGACCUUUUGAAAGCAAAGGAAGAAUCAACGACACUCAAGACGAAAUUAGCCGAUCUCGAGGAGCAAGUUUCAGUUCAGGCGCGUCAAAUUUCCGAACUGAAAGACGAAAUUUCCCUCAAAACAGCCCUCCACACAUCUUCACAAGCCCUAGUCCAAUCUCUCCGCGACCAAACUCAUGAACUCAACAUGCAAGCCCGAGAAGCUACAACCCGGGCCGAGAGCCUCGAAGAAGAGCUCAACGAAACACAGAGAAUGCUCUCCGAACGUACGCGCGAAGGACAAACCAUGCGUAUGCUGCUGGAUCAAUCUUCAGCCGGGACGGAAUCCCGGUUGAGAGAGAUGAAGGAACGCAUGGACGCGGCCAUCGAGGAGAGGGAUCGGGUGGAGGAUGAGGCGAGCGUCAGUCAGCGACGCAUGAUGCGCGAGGUCGAGGAGGCGAGGAGCAAAGCCCGUGAUGCACAGCGGUCCCUCAAAGCGGUGGAAGAUGAGAAGGAAGAGCUAGAGAGUAGGCUGAAGGAGUGGAAGCGGAGGAGAGAAGAACUAGAACAAAGCGCAACGCGGGCGGCGAGGGAGGUUGAGGAAGUGAAAGCUGCAAUGACAGUAUUGAGGGAGGCCUUGGACGACAGCGAACGGCAGGUCAGGGAACUUGACGCGCAGAAGGCCGAGUUGCGGAGGAUAGGUGACGAAGCCAAAGAGAGGGUUGAGAAACUGACAAAGGCCAACAAGAAUCUCACCGAGGAACUGAAGGCGGCGCAAGCAAACUCCAGGAUUCCGGGCAGACCUAAUCUAGGUCGAGUCGAUUCGAAUGCGCCGAGCUCGAGGACAUCCAUCGAUUCCGCCAGUGCGAGAUCCCCGGCCCCCAAAGAACGGAUUCUCUCCACGACGACCAGUCGCAGCGAGACCCCGAACACCACGACGGGAGCACCAGCGGGCCUGAGCCAAGGAACCGUCGAUUAUGUGUACUUGAAGAAUGUGCUCCUGCAAUUCCUCGAACAGAAGGACAAAGGGCACCAGCGGCAAUUGAUCCCCGUGCUGGGCAUGUUGCUCCAUUUUGACCGGAAAGACGAACAGAAAUGGAUCGCAGCCAUCUCGACACGGUGA